ACAAACUGUCAACUGUAGAUGGAAUAGUAUGGAAAUCGUUAUAGUUUAUUCUGGUCUUUCUUAGGAAUCAAAUCAAAAUUUCUGAAAAUUUUUUUUAUAAAAAUUCAAAAUUUUUAGAACAGAUAAAAAAUUUAUAGGUUUAAAAUUUUACGAACAUACGGAAGAAUUGGUUUCAAUAUGCCAGUGAUCAACACCUGUGAGAUGUAUCCGCGGCGUAGGGCCACAGAAUUCUAUAGAACUCCAAGGCCAAGAACCUCGAUACAGAGCACACUGGCGGAGCAUCCGAGGGACAAGCUCAUCCCUGGACAUAUCCAGCAGCGUUACCCCAGUCCGCAAUUUCCCCGCAUCCUGCCACCACGCACUCCUUCGACGGCCAAUAUGCGGAAUAGCUACUUUUCGUGAUAAAUUAAUGAGAGCCUGGAGUUGAAAAGUAACUGAAACUAUCGAGAAUCGUGUAGGCCAUGUCCUGCAUUUUUCUGAGGGUAAAAAGGGCCGUCUCCGUAUGAAAGUGUUGAAAAUUUUUGUGAAAUGAGAGACCAAACAUAUUACGUGUCUAAAUUAUAAUUAUACACAACUUGCAAGCAAACGAAAACCGCUGUCUCGCGAAAUUAAGCACCUUUUUAGAGUGAAAAAUUGCUUUAGCUAAACUUAUAUUCAUUCGCAAUUUAAAAAAUCUUUUAUAGUCCAUGAAUAAAUUUCUAAAAUGCUUGAAAAACAUUCUUAAA